AUGUCUGCAAUUAAUCAUCUUUGUUUGAAACUUAUUUUGGCGAGUUUCGCGAUUAUUAACACCAUUACUGCUUUAACAAACGAUGGCACUGGUCACUUAGAAUUCCUUUUACAACACGAAGAGGAGAUGUAUUACGCAACAACCUUAGAUAUAGGUACACCGUCCCAAAGUCUGACAGUGUUGUUUGAUACCGGAUCUGCCGAUUUUUGGGUUAUGGAUUCUAGCAAUCCCUUCUGCUUACCAAAUUCAAAUACGUCAUCCUAUUCAAACGCAACUUAUAAUGGCGAAGAAGUUAAGCCUUCAAUUGAUUGCAGGUCUAUGAGUACUUAUAAUGAGCAUAGAUCUUCCACCUACCAAUAUCUGGAAAAUGGUAGGUUUUACAUCACAUAUGCUGACGGAACAUUUGCUGACGGUAGUUGGGGGACGGAAACUGUAUCAAUUAAUGGAAUUGACAUCCCCAAUAUCCAGUUCGGAGUUGCCAAGUAUGCUACGACACCCGUUAGUGGUGUUCUUGGAAUUGGGUUUCCUAGAAGAGAGUCCGUUAAGGGCUAUGAAGGUGCUCCUAAUGAAUAUUAUCCUAAUUUUCCUCAGAUUUUAAAAAGUGAAAAAAUAAUCGAUGUGGUCGCGUAUUCGCUGUUCUUAAACUCACCUGAUUCAGGUACUGGUUCGAUUGUUUUUGGUGCCAUUGAUGAAUCAAAGUUUUCUGGUGAUUUGUUCACUUUCCCUAUGGUAAAUGAAUAUCCCACAAUAGUCGACGCUCCUGCAACUUUAGCAAUGACUAUACAAGGAUUAGGUGCCCAAAACAAAAGUAGUUGUGAACAUGAAACGUUUACGACGACCAAGUAUCCAGUUUUGUUGGACUCAGGAACCUCGCUAUUGAAUGCGCCCAAGGUCAUAGCAGAUAAAAUGGCUUCUUUUGUAAAUGCGUCCUAUAGUGAAGAGGAAGGUAUAUAUAUAUUAGACUGUCCAGUAUCUGUAGGUGACGUGGAAUACAAUUUUGAUUUCGGCGAUUUGCAAAUAAGUGUUCCACUGUCUAGUUUGAUUUUAAGUCCCGAGACAGAAGGCAGCUAUUGUGGGUUUGCGGUCCAGCCAACAAACGAUUCGAUGGUUCUGGGUGAUGUGUUCCUGUCCUCUGCAUACGUCGUAUUCGAUCUCGAUAAUUAUAAGAUAUCUUUAGCACAGGCAAAUUGGAACGCAAGCGAAGUUUCGAAAAAGCUAGUAAAUAUUCAAACAGAUGGGUCUAUUUCAGGUGCCAAAAUUGCUACAGCUGAACCCUGGUCCACCAAUGAACCAUUUACAGUCACCUCUGACAUUUAUUCAUCUACAGGCUGCAAGAGUAGGCCUUUUCUUCAAUCAUCGACAGCCUCUUCGCUUAUUGCAGAAACCAACGUACAAAGUCGCAACUGCUCUACGAAGAUGCCAGGCACUAGAUCAACUACUGUCUUAAGUAAGCCUACUCAAAAUAGUGCUAUGCAUCAAAGUACAGGCGCUGUCACACAAACCUCAAAUGAAACUAAAUUAGAAUUAUCCUCGACUAUGGCAAAUUCGGGCAGUGUCUCGCUUCCCACUUCGAAUUCAAUAGACAAAGAGUUCGAACAUUCGAAAUCUCAAACUACCAGCGAUCCAAGUGUAGCAGAGCAUUCUACGUUUAACCAAACGUUUGUACAUGAAACUAAAUAUCGGCCUACUCAUAAGACAGUCAUAACAGAAACUGUCACGAAGUAUUCUACAGUCUUAAUAAAUGUCUGUAAACCAACAUAUUAA